UCUUUAGAAUUCCUGAAUGUUACAAUAUUAUUGGUCACGAGGCCUUUCUCGUUUUUCAUGCGUACAUGCUCAUUUAUCUUGAAAACCUUUGUUGUUGUUGUUCAAACUUGGUUGAAGCUGUUGAAGACCUCGGUCAGUCUUCACUUAAACAUAUUUUGGACAACUUUGUGUGGAUAAUUGCAAUUGUCUCUCUUCCUGGACGAAUUUUAGCUGCUUUACGAAGGGGAAGGCAGUUGCAACAAUUUUUUCAAUUUCUGGAAAUCGAGUUUGAUAAUGUUUUGCUGGAAAGAAAGGAGCUCCAAAAACAAUUCCAGGCUGCUUUGAAGGAGCAUAAGAUGAUGGAAUUGAUGUUGAACGAACUUGAAAUGAUACAUGAAAAGGCAACCAACAAGAUUGCACUCUUAGAAAGUGAGAUUGUUCUUUGAGGACAGACCAAGAGCAUAAUGCUGUUGAGUGAAGGAAUAGCGUGAUAAGAGGAAUAAAGGGAAAUGAAGUAUAACCAAACUUGGAACCUUUGCAAGCAAGGGGAGGUUUUCUGUUCCCUUUCUUUUAUUUUUCCAUCCUUAGAAUCUUGCUUAACAUGCUUUGAGGACAACUUUAAGUGGGGGUGGGGUUGUAGCUUUGCAUGUUCCAUGUUCUUUGGGAAAUUUUCAUUUUGCCAAAAAUGCCUAAAUUUUAAAAAUUUUCAAAUUCUCUAUUCUUAGAAUAAAUAUCAUGCCUACUUUGCUUUUUAGCUUAGAAAACAUGUUUGCCUAACCCUUAAGCAUGGAGCUUGGGUUUGUGAUUGUUUUAUUAUUUAAAUAUCUUAAAUAUGUUGAAAAUGCGUACUUUAAUAGCUUAGAAAUGAGUAAAAUGUAUGCAAUCUAUUAUAUGAAUAUUGUGAACACUGUACAUACUUAAUAAUAUGUGCUGCUGAAAACAUGACCUAACUAAAACCAGACUUGCCUAGCCCUUAGAGUACAGCCAGUUAGGUCAAGUAGAAUGCGUUGAGUUCCCUCAGUAUCAGAACUUGUGUGGGGAACUCUUCACUCUUGGCCUAACCAAAACCAGACCUGCCUUGCCCUUAGAGUCCAGCCGGUUAGGUCGAGUAAAAUGCGUUGGGCUCCCUCAGUAUCAGAACUUGUGUGGGGAACUCUUUGCUUUUGGCCUAACCAAAACCAGACCUGCCUAGCCCUUAGAGUCCAGCCGGUUAGGUCGAGUAAAAUGCGUUGGGCUCCCUCAGUAUCAGAACUUGUGUGGGGAACACUUCGCUUUUGGCCUAACCAAAACCAGACCUGCCUAGCCCUUAGAGUCCAGUCGGUUAGGUCGAGUAAAAUGCGUUGGGCUCCCUCAGUAUCAGAACUUGUGUGGGGAACACUUCGCUUUUGGCCUAACCAAAACCAGAUCUGCCUAGCCCUUAGAGUCCAGCCGGUUAGGUCGAGUAAAAUGCGUUGGGCUCCCUCAGUAUCAGAACUUGUGUGGGUAACACUUCGCUUUUGGCCUAACCAAAACCAGACCUGCCUAGCCCUUAGAGUCCAGCCGGUUAGGUCGAGUAAAAUGCGUUGGGCUCCCUCAGUAUCAGAACUUGUGUGGGGAACUCUUUGCUUUUGGCCUAACCAAAACCAGACCUGCCUAGCCCUUAGAGUCCAGCCGGUUAGGUCGAGUAAAAUGCGUUGGGCUCCCUCAGUAUCAGAACUUGUGUGGGGAACACUUCGCUUUUGGCCUAACCAAAACCAGACCUGCCUAGCCCUUAGAGUCCAACCGGUUAGGUCGAGUAAAAUGCGUUGGGCUCCCUCAGUAUCAGAACUUGUGUGGGGAACUCUUUGCUUUUGGCCUAACCAAAACCAGACCUGCCUAGCCCUUAGAGUCCAGCCGGUUAGGUCGAGUAAAAUGCGUUGGGCUCCCUCAGUAUCAGAACUUGUGUGGGGAACUCUUUGCUUUUGGCCUAACCAAAACCAGACCUGCCUAGCCCUUAGAGUCCAGCCGGUUAGGUCGAGUAAAAUGCGUUGGGCUCCCUCAGUAUUAGAACUUGUGUGGGGAACACUUCGCUUUUGGCCUAACCAAAACCAGACCUGCCUAGCCCUUAGAGUCCAGCUGGUUAGGUCAAGUAGAAUGCAUGCAAUUCUUGUGGAAUGUUCUUAAAAAAAAUUAAAGUUUGUUGAGUUUGAGAUUGAAUAUGGAAAUAACUGUCUUUUUUAACUUAAAAUUUUGAUGAAAUUGCAUUUCUUUUUUAUUUG